AAGAAAAAUACAGCUUCCUCGGCAUUUUCCUUUUGUCUCGGAGCCGGUCGCAUUUCUCUUUUUGGAUCGAGGGGAAAAUAAGUUUUAGGGAAAAAAUAAAAAUAAAAGAAAUCAAAUCGAUCAUCGUCCAGUGAUUUCAUCAGCAAUCGAGAUUGAGGAGACGAGGGAGGGAAUCAGGCUCCAAAAUCCAAUAGGAACAAUUGUAAAAGGAUAUGAGAUGUUUUCGAGCUGGGCAUGAGAUAAUCGUCUUCAUAGUUGAUCUCUUAUGAAUGGUCUUAUCUUGGUAAUUUGCAGCUUUUGUCUUCAUCUAGCUAGUAGAAGAUGUUUGAUUGUGGUUACAAGGCACAAUAUAUGGAUGGCCAGAGAGAGAAAUUUGUAAGGCUUGAGGAAUCUCCAAGGGUAUCCUAUGGUUCUGAUGCUGGAAGAAUGAACAGGUGUGGGUUCAAUGUUGAAGGAUUUAGUCGUGGACCAAAGAAUACAUCAAAAUCCUUCAGGAGAGGAAUGUUGAAAGGAUCUGAACGGCUUAAAUCACUGGGCAAAACUCUUCACUAUGGUGUUUCAAAGGCAGUUUUCCCAGAGGACCUUAAGGUUUCUAAGAAGAAGAUAUUUGACCCACAGGACGUAUUUCUUCUGAGAAUGAACAGGCUUUUUGUGAUAUCAUGUAUUCUCUCUAUAGCGGUGGAUCCAUUUUUCUUCUAUCUUCCAGUGGUUGAUAAAGAAGCCAGUUGUCUGAGUAUAGAUCGAAAGCUAGCAGGCUCAUCAGUAACAUUUCGGACAUUACUUGACAUUUUCUAUUUUUUGCGCAUUUUUCUUCAAUUUCACACUGCAUACAUUGCUCCAUCUUCUCGAGUUUUCGGUAGAGGUGAGCUUGUGAUUGACCCUGCGAUGAUUGCUAGACGGUACAUGAGAAGGUUCUUUGUCGUUGACUUUCUUGCAGUUUUACCUCUUCCACAGAUUAUAGUAUGGAGAUUUCUUCAUAGCUCAAAAGGUUCUGAUGUUCGCAUGACAAAAAAUGCAUUGCUUUUUCUUAUCUUGAUUCAGUACAUUCCCAGAUUUGUCCGGUUUAUUCCUUUGACAUCAGAGAUGAAAAGAACUGCUGGUGUCUUUGCUGAAACUGCUUGGGCUGGUGCUGCAUACUAUCUUUUGUGGUUCCUACUCGCUAGCCAUUUACCUUUUUAUUUGCAGAUAGUAGGUGCUUUCUGGUACUUAUUAGCUAUUGAACGCCAAGAUGAUUGCUGGCACAUGGCUUGUCAGAAAGUUACUGGAUGUGAUGGUAGUUAUUUGUAUUGUGGAAAUGCAAAUCCUGGUGGUAAUGAUAAAUGGAAAACUGUGUUCAAAGAAACCCUCGAAAAGAAGUGUUCAGCUGAGGGUGAUGGCCCUUUUAAAUUUGGAAUCUAUGCACAGGCCUUGAAGUCUGAAAUAGUGUCAUCAAAGAAGUUCUUUCCUAAGUUGUGUUAUUGUUUGUGGUUUGGUUUACAAAAUCUGAGCACUUUGGGUCAAGGGCUUGUAACAACUACUUAUCCUGGAGAGGUUAUAUUUUCUAUAGCACUGGCUAUUCUUGGACUCAUUCUCUUUGCCCUUCUUAUUGGCAACAUGCAGACCUAUCUUCAAUCUUUGUCAAUACGUCUUGAGGAGAUGAGGGUCAAACGGCGUGACUCAGAGCAGUGGAUGCAUCACCGUCUAUUGCCACAAGAACUUCGGGAGCGUGUUCGACGAUAUGAUCAGUACAAGUGGUUGGAGACACGAGGUGUAGAUGAAGAAAGCUUGGUUCAGAGUCUGCCCAAGGACCUUAGAAGGGAUAUUAAACGCCAUUUAUGUUUGGCGUUGGUGAGAAGGGUGCCUCUGUUCGACAAUUUGGACGAGCGUUUGUUAGACGCCGUAUGUGAGCGCCUGAAACCCACACUUUACACCGAAACCACCUACAUUCUGAGGGAAGGAGAUCCUGUAGAUGAGAUGCUCUUCAUAAUACGUGGUCGAAUGGAGAGCGUGACCACUGACGGAGGAAGAAGUGGGUUCUUCAACCGAGGCUUACUCAAGGAGGGCGAUUUCUGUGGAGAGGAACUCCUAACCUGGGCCCUCGACCCUAAAGCUGGAGCUAGUCUCCCCUCAUCUACUAGAACUGUUAGAGCCUUAACUGAGGUUGAAGCCUUCGCCUUAAUGGCUGAUGAGCUUAAAUUUGUCGCCAGCCAGUUUAGGAGACUUCACAGUAAGCAAGUUCAACACACGUUCAGAUUCUACUCACAGCAAUGGAGGACAUGGGCUGCUUGCUUCAUUCAAGCAGCAUGGAGACGGUAUUCGAAGAGGAAGAUGGUUGAGCUCAGACGGAGCUACGAAGAGGAGGAAGAAGAGGAUCAAGUUGAUGAGAUUGCUUCAUCUAGCCUCGGUGCUACUUUAUACGCGUCACGCUUUGCCGCUAAUGCCCUCAGAGGAGUUCAUAGACUCAGGGAUUCAAGGAGUGCUAGAGACUUGGUGAAGAUGCAGAAGCCUCGAGAGCCAGAUUUCUCAGCAGAAGAUUGAUUGAUUAUGUUGAGUUAAACACGUGCUUACUGUAAAAAAAAUACGGUACUUGAUGAAUGUAUAUUGUGUGCUAAAUUAGUAAAUUACCUUAGAAACUCCUUUGUUUUUCUAAA